UCUAGGUCAUAGCCUUUGGAGUGACACACAGUUAUCUCCGGUCUCAGUCCUCUUCAGGAGAGGUAUCAUUCCAGGCAGAUACUCAAAGGAAACAGACCUUCAGGAGAAAGAAGAUGCCCAGAUAUACGGUCCACGUCCGGGGGGAGUGGCUGGCUGUGCCAUGUCAGGAUGGCGGUCUCACGGUGAGGUGGUUGGGCCGGGAAGCCGUGAGGAGGUACAUGAAGAAUAAGCCUGACAAUGGAGGUUUUGCCUCAGUGGAUGAUGUGAGGUUCUACAUGCGGAGAUGUAAGGGGUUGGGUCUGCUGGACCAUGAUGACCUGUUAGAAGUUGCCUUGGAGAACAAUGAAUUUGUGGAAGUUGUGAUAGAAGGGGAUGUGAUGUCUCCAGACUUCAUUCCAUCUCAACCGGAAGGAGUUUAUCUCUACAGCAAAUACCGGGAACCUGACAAGUAUAUCGCCUUAGACGGAGAUAGUCUGACAACCGAGGAUUUGGUCAGUUUAGGAAAAGGACUGUACAAAAUCAAGCUUACUCCGGAGGCUGAGAAGCGAGUGCAGGACUCCAGAGAGGUCAUCGAAAGUAUCGUGAGAGAGAAAACCGUUGUUUAUGGAAUCACUACUGGAUUUGGAAAAUUUGCCAGAACUGUCAUCCCCAUCAGUAAGCUAAGGGAACUCCAGGUCAAUUUAGUGCGCUCCCAUUCUUCAGGUGUUGGGAAACCACUGAUCCCCGAGAGAUGCCGGAUGCUCAUGGCUUUGAGAAUCAAUGUCUUAGCCAAAGGAUACAGUGGAAUUUCCCUGGAAACUCUCCAACAAGUUAUCGAAAUGUUUAACGCAUCCUGCCUGCCCUACGUUCCAGAGAAGGGAACAGUUGGAGCCAGUGGGGACCUGGCCCCGCUUUCUCACCUUGCCCUGGGUCUUAUAGGAGAAGGAAAGAUGUGGUCUCCAAAGAGUGGCUGGGCUGAUGCCAAAUAUGUCCUACAAGCCCAUGGAUUGAAACCAGUGACUUUGAAGCCAAAAGAGGGUCUGGCUCUCAUCAAUGGGACCCAAAUGAUCACGUCCCUGGGUUGCGAAGCCGUUGAAAGAGCGAGUGCCAUCGCGAGGCAAGCUGACAUCGUGGCUGCUCUGACCUUGGAAGUGCUGAAGGGCACCACCAAAGCCUUCGAUACAGACAUCCACGCCCUGCGUCCUCACCGGGGGCAAAUGGAAGUCGCCUUCCGGUUUCGAUCCCUCCUGGAUUCUGAUCACCACCCCUCGGAAAUAGCAGAAAGCCACAGAUUUUGUGACCGAGUACAGGACGCCUACACGAUGCGCUGCUGUCCACAGGUCCAUGGUGUGGCCAACGACACAAUAGCCUUUGUGAAGGACAUCAUCACGACAGAAAUUAACAGUGCAACAGACAACCCUAUGGUUUUUGCCAAAAGAGGAGAGACCAUUUCUGGAGGGAAUUUCCACGGAGAAUACCCAGCAAAAGCUCUAGACUACUUGGCCAUAGGUGUCCAUGAACUCGCUGCCAUCAGUGAGCGGAGAAUCGAAAGACUGUGCAACCCGUCACUCAGUGAGUUGCCUGCGUUCCUGGUGGCUGAAGGGGGCCUCAAUUCUGGAUUCAUGAUUGCUCACUGCACAGCAGCGGCUCUGGUUUCAGAGAAUAAAGGCCUGUGCCAUCCCUCCUCGGUGGAUUCUCUCUCAACCAGUGCCGCUACAGAAGAUCACGUCUCCAUGGGAGGCUGGGCUGCGAGAAAAGCCCUCAGAGUUAUCGAACAUGUGGAACAAGUGUUGGCCAUUGAGCUUCUCGCCGCCUGUCAGGGCAUCGAGUUUCUACGCCCCCUGAAAACAACCACUCCAUUGGAGAAGGUCUAUGACCUCGUGCGCUCUGUUGUGAGGCCUUGGAUCAAAGAUCGUUUCAUGGCUCCUGACAUUGAAGCAGCCCAUCGACUGCUCGUGGAUCAAAAGGUUUGGGAAGUUGCUGUGCCUUAUAUUGAAAAGUACAGAAUAGAGCAGAAUCAAGAACUCUUCCCAGAAUCCAGGCCCGUCUCUCCCACUGCAUUUUCACUGGGCUCACUUCGCAAGAAAAUGGAUGACAAGCAUGAUCACCAUGAAUCUGAAGAUCUGUAAGGGGUCACUGGUUCUCACCAUGUAUCAAGCAGAUUACAGAUCAACACUGUGCUCUCUCUCAUAACUAUCUGAUCUGUUCUCUGUCAGACUGGUUAUAUGGUUCAGAGACAUGAAAGUCAGGGAAAUUUCUAAUUAGAUUGAUCACUUAGAUAGACACUGUCCUUCAAGGAUAAGUGAUUUCGUCACUUUUAGAUACUUCUUAUUCUGAUGUAGAUCUCUUAGGAUCAUAGAUUUAAAGCUGGAAGGGCCCUUUAGUCCAACCCCCUCAUUUUACAGAUGAGGAAACUGAGG